UUCUCUCCUCUGAAUUCUUAGCUCCUCACUUCUUAAUCAACCAGCAACCAUGGUCCAUUGGACAGCUGACGAAAAGGCCGCAAUUACUUCUGUAUGGCAGAAGGUUGAUGUACAACAGGAUGGUCAUGAGGCCCUGAGCAGGCUUUUGGUUGUGUAUCCCUGGACCCAGAGAUACUUCAGUAGUUUUGGAAACCUCUCCAAUGCAGCUGCUAUUGCUGGAAAUGCCAAGGUUAAUGCCCAUGGCAAGAAGGUUCUGGGAGCUGUUGGCAGCACAAUCCAACAUCUUGAUAAUGUGAAGGCCUCUCUCCAUGACCUCAGUGUGACCCAUGCUUUAAAGCUGCAUGUGGACCCUGAGAACUUCAAGCGUUUUGGUGAAGUGCUGGUGAUUGUCUUGGCUAAAAAACUGGGAACUGCCUUUACUCCUAAAAUCCAUGCUUCUUGGGAGAAAUUCAUUGCAGUGUUGGUUGAUGGCCUUAGCCAAGGCUAUCACUAAAUGUGUAUUUUUUACAACUUCAGCCCUGCUGUAGUGUCAACAAGGAUGCCAAAGGCCAUGAAUACAAUGUCAACUGUAUAUGUUUGAGCAUCAUGAAUAAAAAGCACUUUUACUAAUGUUA